CUCCCAGGUGAGGUGGGGCAGUGACCAUCAGCUUGUUUUCCCGGUGCCUGUUGAACAGGCAGUGAAGUGCAAGUUCUAGGUUCUAAGGUCGCGCGCUUCGCAGGGGAAAUAAAAUAACUUUACUGAGGGUCUUCAGUCGCGCGGCAAAACAGUAGCGGGAAAAGUAGUACUGGAAACUAGUGGAUCAGAACUGUGUUUGUUUGUAUAACUUAUGUCGAAUGAAAGUAGACUCCACAUUACAGAGUCCGGGUGCCGCCCAUUAGUGCAGAGAACCGGAUAGGAGUGGGGAUUACUGGUGGAAAGACUUCUGUCACUGAACUCAAUAUUGUUUGGUAUUUAUUGCUGUCAGGGGAACAGUUUGCUAAGAGUGAUACUAACCAGCGGUGGUGUUUUAAAAUGCUGAAUAGAGACCACCCCAGUAAGAGGUAGCCUACGGGAGAUCGGAAUUACACUGGACUGCACUUUCUCAAAAGAAAACAAAAAAGAAAUUUUAAGAAUUUUGGUUGCAUUAACCUCCGCGCCGGGCUGCCUUUUCUUUUGUUCUGCAUCACCCUCAUUUAGGAGACUGCCGUAAAAAUUGGAGCAUUAGCUUAGUUCCCUGGAUAUCCAUAGGUGUAGGGAUAUUAUUUUCUGUUCUAAGUGAAGCAUCACACACAGAGCACCAUGGCUGAACAGGAGAGCCUGGAGUUUGGGAAAGCGGAUUUUGUGCUGAUGGAUUCCGUGACUAUGGAAGAGUUUAUGGCAAACCUUAAGCUCAGGUUUGAGAAACAUCGGAUCUACACUUACAUUGGUGAGGUGGUAGUUUCUGUCAACCCCUACAAAAACAUUAAUAUUUAUGGUAAAGAUGUCAUUGAUCAGUACAAGGGCCGUGAGCUGUAUGAGAGGCCGCCUCAUCUUUUUGCGAUUGCUGAUGCAGCAUACAAGGCAAUGAAGAGACGAUCGAAGGACACCUGUAUCGUUAUAUCAGGUGAAAGUGGAGCAGGCAAAACGGAGGCCAGCAAAUACAUCAUGCAGUAUAUAGCAGCUAUCACUAACCCCAGCCAAAGGGCUGAGGUCGAGAGAGUGAAGAACAUGUUGCUGAAAUCCAAUUGUGUGCUUGAAGCCUUUGGGAAUGCCAAAACAAACCGAAAUGACAAUUCCAGUCGAUUUGGGAAAUACAUGGAUAUCAACUUUGAUUUUAAAGGGGAUCCUAUUGGUGGACAUAUCAGUAACUACUUGCUGGAAAAGUCUCGAGUUAUUGUGCAGCAAGCAGGAGAAAGAAGUUUUCACUCUUUCUACCAGCUGCUUCUUGGUGGUCCAGAACAGCUAUUGCGAAGUCUACACCUCCAGAAGGACCCCAGUUCCUACAGCUAUGUACGAGUAGGUGCCCAACUCAAGUGUUCCAUUAAUGACAAUUCGGAAUUCAAAGCUGUUGCUGAGGCAAUGAAAGUUAUUGGCUUCUCUGCAGAAGAGGUCCAGACAGUUUACAAGAUCCUCGCCACUAUUCUUCACUUGGGUAACCUAAAAUUUGCAGCAGAUGGGGAUGUGACACUGAUUGAGAACAGCAAGGUGGUCUCUGUUAUUGCUGAACUGAUUGCCACUAAAUCAGAUCAUGUUGAAAAAGCCCUUCUGUACCGCACAGUGGCCACAGGACGUGACAUCAUUGACAAGCAGCACACUGUGCAAGAAGCCUGCUAUGGACGGGAUGCAUUUGCAAAGGCUAUUUAUGAACGCUUAUUCUGUUGGAUUGUUGGGCGGAUCAAUGACAAGAUUGAGGUGAAAGAUUAUGACAACAAGAUUCAUGGAAAAAACACUGUAAUUGGUGUUCUGGACAUCUAUGGCUUUGAAAUCUUUGAUAACAACAGCUUUGAGCAAUUUUGCAUCAAUUAUUGCAAUGAAAAACUACAGCAGCUCUUCAUUCAGCUGGUUCUGAAACAAGAGCAAGAAGAAUAUGAACGCGAAGGCAUUCCCUGGAAACAUAUUGACUACUUCAACAAUCAGAUUAUUGUGGACCUGGUAGAACAGCAGCACAAAGGCAUAAUUGCAAUUUUGGACGAUGCGUGUAUGAAUGUUGGGAAAGUGACAGAUGAAAUGUUCUUGGAUGCUCUGAACAACAAGCUAUCGAAGCAUGCCCACUUCACCAGUAGAAAGCUCUGCGCCACAGACAAAAGCCUGGGAUUUGAUCACGAUUUUCGAAUAAAACAUUAUGCUGGAAAUGUAGUGUAUUCAGUCGUUGGAUUUAUUGACAAAAAUAAGGAUACGCUAUUCCAGGAUUUCAAACGGCUUUUGUAUAACAGUUCCAAUCCAGUGUUUAAGAAUAUGUGGCCAGAAGGCAAGCUGAGCAUCACAGAAGUGACAAAGAGGCCUUUAACCGCUGGAACACUCUUUAAAAACUCCAUGAUUGCACUAGUGGAGAAACUAUCUUCCAAGGAGCCCUACUAUGUUCGUUGCAUUAAACCCAAUGAAGUAAAGUCCCCACUGCAGUUUGAUAUGGAGCGUUGCAAACACCAAGUGGCAUAUCUGGGCCUAUUGGAAAAUGUUCGGGUUCGUCGAGCAGGAUUUGCAUUCCGUCAGAAUUAUGAGAGAUUUUUGUUGAGGUAUAAGAUGAUCUCUGAGAUCACCUGGCCAAACCAUGACCUUCCAUCUGACCAAGUGGCAGUGAAGAAGUUGGUGGAGUAUAGUGGUUUUCAGGAUGAUGUUGCUUAUGGAAAAACCAAGAUAUUUAUUCGCACUCCACGUACAUUGUUUACCUUGGAGGAACGACGCACUGAAAUGAUUAAGCGAAUUGUUCUGUUCCUGCAGAAGAUUUGGAGGGGAACUCUGGCUCGAAUGCGCUACAAGAAGACAAAAGCUGCUUUGACAAUAAUCAGCUACUAUCGCCGUUACAAAGUAAAAUCAUAUAUGAAAGAACUUAAUAAUCGUUUCCGUGGCAUCAAGACCAUGAAGGACUAUGGGAAGAAUGUGAAGUGGCCUGCUCCUCCAAAAGUCCUGAGGAAAUUUGAGGAAGGUCUUCAUGCUAUUUACAACAGGUGGCGUGCAGCUCAGAUCAUAAAGGCCAUCCCCCCUGCUGACCUGCCACAAGUUAGAGCAAAGGCUGCAGCUGUGGAAAUGCUGAAAGGCAAACGGGCAGAUAUUGGUCUCCAGAGAAAAUGGGAAGGCAACUAUCUUGCAUCAACAAAGGAUAAUCCAGAGGCCAUGAAUAUUUUCACUACUGUUGCCAAUGAGCUGAUGCGAAAGGACAAGUACAUGAAUACUCUGUUUUCAAGCCAUGUUCGCAAGGUUAACAGGUUCAAUAAGGUGCAGAACCGUGCUAUCCUGCUGACUGAUCGGCAUCUCUAUAAAAUGGAUUCAAGUCAUCAGUACAAAGUGAUGAGAACCAUUCCUCUUUAUAAUGUGACAGGGGUAAGUGUUUCCAGUGGGAAGGACCAGCUUGUAGUCUUCCAUAGUAAAGAUAACAAUGAUUUGAUUGUAUGCCUCAAAACAGCCACUGACAGCAGAGUUGGAGAGCUUGUAGGAGUCUUGGCCAAUCACUUCAAAAGGUAA